GCCAGGCAGCAACUGGCAACACAGGCUUGCCUCUGCAGAAAGAAGCAUCCAUCACCUCGAGGCGCGACUGAGUUUGGAUUCCAAGGCUCCACCAUGAUCACCACCAAAGACUCCUGCUGGCUCCUGCUGCGUUUGGCCAUCCUUCUUGGGGUUGUGCUGGUGCAGUCCAGCGAAGGAGCAAGCUACCAGGAUUUUGCAAACAGUCACAUUGAUUAUCCAAAAACCAGAGCACCCAACCCCAAUGUCUACUGCAACGUCAUGAUGGCACGGAGGAGGCUGAAUGCUCGGACGUGCAAACCCACCAACACCUUCAUCAAUAGCAGUCCCAGCAGCAUCCAGCAAAUAUGCCGCACGGGAGGAACCCGCUUCCAAGGGAAUUUAUUUGACAGCAGGAGGCGCUUCAGUGUGGUCGUCUGCCGCAAUACAGGAAGAUUCCCUAGAUGCAGUUAUGUUGGCAGGAGGCAGAUCAAGCGGCUUCGUGUGGCCUGCACCAAUAAUCGUCCCGUUCACUUUGAAAGACUCCUGUGAUGCAGUCUACCUUCCAUCCAUUGAAGCCAGAAGUCUGAGGACACUUUGGCAACAACUGAGCUGUAUCAUGCUUACUGCUUUUUCUACAAUCUCUUUGAUGACACAUCCACAGUGCAGGCUUAAUCUGGUUUUGCCAUAGUUCCUUUAUCCCAGGGAGCCCUGGGAACUAUAUUUAAGAAAGGAGGGUUAGGGAAAUUAAACAUUUCUGGGUGUCAUAUUACUCCUUCCAUUCUUUGUCUUUGCUUAUUGCUUUCUCUACAAUGUAUCUCUAACUGUAUAUCCACAGUGCAGGCUUAAAACAAGUUUAGCAGUUGUUCUUUCAUCCCAGGGAGCCCUGGGAACUGUAGGUCUGAGAGGAGGGGCUAAGGAACUUAAAUAUUUCAGGGAGUUGUCACUUCUCCACUGUCCCUGUCAUCAUUGUGGAUUUUAAGGAGAAAUUUAAAGGCAUUUUACCCAGGCAUAUGACUGCUGAAAGACCCUAUUCCUGGCAACUCAGAGAUCAUAUUUUUAAAAUGUUUUUAUUGUUUUAUUUUUGAUGUUUGCUGCUUUGGGCUGCUUCAAGAGGAACAAAUUGAAUGCAUAAAUAAAUAAAUAAAUCUUUGCUCCUUCA